AUGGCCGACGCCUUCACAUUCUUGCCCCUCGGGGCCAUCAUCCAGAGCUUCACAGUCAACGGACGGAACAUUGUGCAGGGAUUCGACACCGCAGAUCAAUACGAGAGUCAUAACCAGCCGUAUUUCGGUGAGACGAUUGGACGCGUGGCCAACCGUGUCAAGGGCGGCCGAAUCGACUCCCUCAAUGGCGGCAAGACGUACGAACUCGACGUCAACGACCGCGGUAACACGUGCCACAGUGGUAGCAGCUGCUGGGGCAAGAAGACGUGGACGGGUCCCAUGACAGUCUCGACGCGCGACAUGGCUGGUGUUGAGGGUCUCACUGACGCCAAGAGCUUUUCCUACAGCUUGACCAGUCCCGAUGGCGAAGGCGGCUUUCCCGGCACGGUCGAGGUGACGGCCGUGUAUACUACAGGCACCCAAAAGGGCGCCGCCCCCAAUGGCAAGGACGUGUCAGUCCUGGGGAUUGAGUACGAGGCACGUCUGGUCGACGGAGCAGACGAGACGGCCAUCAACAUGACCAAUCACUCGUACUUUAAUCCGGCGGGAGCUCCCACAGCCCCGACAUGUGAGGGCACCGUCAUCACCCUCGCUACGAACCAGCAUCUCCCUGUAGACGAGACUGCCAUCCCGACGGGUGGUCCCGUCCCCUUCCCCGGUCUCGACACGAGCAAGCCCUUUACCAUGACACCCACAGACCCCGACGUGGACCACUGCUUCGUCAUCGACACGGGUCCGUCCACGAUUCCCAUCGACACACGCGGCGGUCCUCUGCGGGUCAACCUGAGUGCCCACCACCCCAAGACGGGGGUCAACCUCGAGGUCCUCAGCACUGAACCCGCCUUCCAGUUCUACACGGGCGGCUUCAUUGACGUGCCUGCUACGGGAAAUCUGCCUGCGCGGGCGGCCCGCUCAGGCUUCUGCUGCGAGCCUAGUCGCUGGAUCAACGCUGUCAACGUCCCCGAGUGGAAGAAUAUGGUUCUCCUGAAGAAGGGGGAGACGUACGGCACGCGCAUCGUGUACAGGGGGUGGGCGGACUAA